GGUGCCUCCUGUGCUCUUCAUUCUGUGGGUUAGCGAUGGCCAGACUGAGAGAGGCAGACGGAGCUCAGCAACAACAGCAGCAGCAGCAACAACAGCAGCAGCAGCAGCCGCCCCAGCACCAGCUAAAGCCCAUGAACGGAGCUGAUCUCCAGCACAACCACAGCCAGAUGAAGGACCACGACGCCAUUAAGCUGUUCAUUGGCCAGAUCCCACGGAACCUGGAGGAGAAUGAUCUGAAGCCCCUCUUUGAGGAAUUUGGGAAGAUAUACGAGUUAACUGUGUUGAAGGACCGAUUCACAGGCAUGCACAAAGGCUGUGCUUUCCUUACAUACUGUGCAAGAGAAUCUGCUAUCAAGGCACAGAAUGCAUUACAUGAACAGAAGACGCUACCUGGGAUGAAUCGACCCAUUCAGGUGAAGCCUGCGGACAGCGAGAGUCGUGGAGAAGACAGAAAAUUAUUUGUAGGCAUGUUAAACAAGCAGCAAACAGAAGACGACGUGUACAGGCUCUUUGAAUCUUUUGGCGUCAUAGAGGAGUGCACAGUUCUACGAGGACCAGACGGGAACAGUAAAGGUUGCGCAUUUGUGAAGUUCUCCACACACACUGAAGCCCAGGCGGCCAUUAACGCACUACAUGGCAGUCAGACAAUGGCGGGUGCGUCGUCCAGCCUUGUGGUGAAGUUUGCGGACACAGACAAGGAACGCACAUUGCGACGCAUGCAGCACAUGGUGGGCCAGUUCGGGAUGUUCAACCCGAUACCACUCCACUUUAACAACACCUACAGCUCUUACGCUCACGCGCUGAUGCAGCAACAAGCAGCCAUCAUGGCGGCCAGCACGCACACCGGAUACUUAAACCCAACCGCUGCCUUUCCAGCGGCACAGAUGCACCACAUGGCAGCCAUCAACCUGAAUGGACUGGCAGCGGCACCUCUGACACCCACAUCAGGGUUGUCCUCUCCUCCAGGAAUUGCAGCUCCUGCUGUGCCUAGUAUUGUGUCUCCGAUUGGGGUAAAUGGCUACACUGGACUAUCUGCCCAGCCCAAUGGACACCCUGCGGUGGAGGCCGUCUACACCAAUGGAAUUCACCCGUACCCAGCUCAAAGCCCUUCUGCAGCUGAUGCCUUGCAGCAGGCUUUCACCGGGGUGCAACAAUACACAGCCAUGUAUCCGACAGCGAUUGCCCAGAUCAGCCAAGCGUUUCCUCAGCCACCGCCUGUCGUAACACAGCAAAGAGAAGGACCGGAAGGCUGCAAUCUUUUCAUUUACCACCUCCCGCAGGAGUUUGGAGACAGUGAGCUCAUGCAGAUGUUCCUGCCCUUUGGGUCCGUCAUCUCAUCAAAGGUUUUCAUGGACCGCGCCACCAAUCAGAGUAAAUGUUUUGGUUUUGUGAGUUUUGAUAACCCCACUAGUGCCCAGGCUGCCAUCCAGGCCAUGAACGGUUUUCAGAUUGGCAUGAAGAGGUUAAAAGUCCAGCUAAAGCGGCCAAAGGACACCAGUCGCCCAUACUGACGGACUGUGUUUCAGGGCAUGAAUUUCUGAUUUUCUAGGGCAGAGACGAUGAGGAAUAUGAGCACGUACCUUUUGAGAUGGCUGUUUCUGAGUUACCAGUGCAGAGAGGGAGAGAUAACAGAAAUACAAACUUCAAGAAAACAUUUAAAGAACCCUGAAAAUGUGAAAAUUCAUUGCAGCUAUUCAAGAAGGCUCAAUCGAUCUUACAUAGCAACAACAUGUGAUGAAGAUGUGACGUAAUACGACGUAGGGAAGGACAGCUGUCUUAAAGGUUGCAGAGGAAGCUGCUUUGGCGCAGUUCUGUGUCAUCGAGCACACAGCCAGAUCUCCUAGGUGAUAGUUGCCAUGGCUGAGGGUUUCUGUGUGCGUGUUAGUGUGCGUGCGUGCAUGUGAGAGUGCGUGAGCAAACAUAUGUUUGUGUGUGUGUGUGUGUGAGCGUGUGGCUUGUGUGAAUCCACAUGAUUGACAUGGUACCGCAGAACGUAUUGAAACUUUAGCUCUUAGACAUUCAGGGACCAAAUGGACCAAACAGAUUUUUUAAAGUUUAUUAUUGCGGCCUGUAUAUGUAAUAUACAAGUUCAGCUUUCCUUAUCUAAUCUUGAGAGUUGAAACAUGGGUGAAAAAUAAGAGCUAAACUGUUUUAAACAAAAAAAAUCAAUGCUUCAGUGGUCUUAGAAUAGUAUUAUACACUGGGAAAUUUAAACAAGGAGCAAAAUAUAGUGGAAGCUUUCCAGGGGUUAGUUUUAAGAAGAAAACAAAGACUAAAAUGUACCUUACACCUCAUGUCCUUCUUAGGAGAUGUGAUAGUACUGCAUGCAAAUGUGACCGAAAAUAUUAUACAUAUAGAUAUUCUGCUCCUUAUAUUUCUGAAGAGGUUGCUUUAAAAGGGAGAGAAAGAAAUUGAAGCCUGCUUGCUUUUUCACAGUGAAGGUGGGCUUUGUUUGACCAUUUGAGGACUUUUUAAUUGCCGCAUUGAUGAAUUGAGUUGCCUCGUCUGACAGCUUUGUUCAACGGGUAAGCCUGGAAGAAUGUUGCUCUGAAAUCUGUGUUUUAAAGGAAAAAAAAGUGUCAAAAAAGCAAAAAUCCUUGUAGUGUAGCUUUCCUUAAAAAUUACAUUGUAAAUAAUCCCUGGAAUAACAGCACAUUGUUUCUGAUAACUGGCGAGGGUCUUUAUAUAAAUCCUCAGGCGUUAAGAUAUUUAUAUAUUACCAAAAGGCAGAGGAGGAUUUGGUCAGGGAACAUUGGCACAGUGUCACAUUGCCAGGAGCUCAUUGCGUGAGGUGGGAUUCACAGCUGCCCAAGUGUUGACAGCGGAGCCUCGUGAGGUCAAUCUCUGGUCCAUGUUUGGCACUGCAGAGGGUUCUACCCUCAUCAGACCUGGGGAAAAUUCCUUUCCCUCCAGCCCUUCAUCACCAAGUUCCCUAUUAUAAGUUCAUUUGUGGCUUUUGUGUCCCUUCUCCACAACUCUACUCCAGCCCAGUUAAUCAGCUAAUAGCACAAAGUCACCCUUAAUUUCAAACUAAUUAUUAGUGGAAAACAAGACUGAUAUAUGUUAUUUUUGUACAUUUCACAGAUCUGGGAUUCCCAAAUUGCUUGUGUACUUAACUGUACUGAAUCCCCUUCAAAAAGCAACUGCCAGAUUGUUUGGCAGACUCCCACAGAAAUAGUUCAUCUGCCUGAGCUGUUGACAGAGGGGCUAAUUUCGGCUUGAGCAACAGAACUGCCUUCCCACCUCCUUCAGAAUGGCGCACGGGUUUCAGUUCAACAAGUCGUUCAUGUGGAGCACUCUCUCAGUAUGGCGCUGGGCAUUUUAUGGUCUCAUCCCCAAAGCUGGACUUCAACCCUGAGCCCUUCUGGAGUUGGGAGUGCAGCCCGAAAACCCAUAGCUGAUAUCUCCUUCCAGUAAGCUAUUUUCCCUCUCUUCCUUUUUUUUUUCUUAACCUCUCCCCCUUUCCUGUUUCUCUGUUCCCCACUUUCCUCUCCCUGGUGCCCCUCUUCCUUUUCCUUCUCCCAUAGUCCACUCUCCUCUCCUAUCAGAUUCCUUCUUCUCCAGCCGUUUCCUUUCCCACCCACCUGGCUUCACAUAUCGCCUUUAGCUUCCCCUCCCCCCAUCUUUUUAUUCCGGCGUCUUCUCCCUUCCCUUCCAGUCCCAGUGAAGGGUCUCAGCCCAGGAACUCGAAUAUUUAUUAACUUCCAUAGAUGCUGCCUAACCUGCUGUGUUCCUUCAGGAUUUUUAGGUGUGUUGUUCCCACUGUUUGACAAUUCAGAGAAAGAUUGGUACGAGAGUUGUUCUGAUUCCUUUUGAACUAAAGUGUACCGAUCAACACCACAGCCAGUGAGUAGGAGAUGGGGGCACAUAACCACACCUGGCAAAGCCAAUUUAUUCAGAAAACUCGCAGAAACUGCGGCAGCUUCUCCAAAUAAAUACUUCCCACCUCCUUCAGAAUGGAGAUUCAUUUCUCCAGAAUUUCUCCAGAAAAGUGCCAUGUGGAGAGUAAUUACUGAUGAAGUAUUUGCAUUGUUAAUCUCAGUCACCUACUGCAGAAUGAUCACAAUGUUUCAUUCAUAGGGAGACUUCACCCCAUUUUCUCCACUCUGCUUGACUACAGCGUUUUCACCAUUUUUAAAUUUUCCCUUCUUUUUGUAUGUCCACUUACUAAAUGGUGUCGCCAUCACUGGCAAAGACAGCGAUUCAUGCUGACCUCUAACUGCCCUUGGAGAAUCACCCCAGUCCUUGUUCUAAAGGUACUCCUAUAAUGUAUCAGAUUCCACACAAACAACCCCAGUCACUGAAUAUGUUUACAAUUUUUAUCUCUGUUUUGAUACACCCAUGGCAACGCCUCUCUCUCAGAUCCUUCUCCUCCGCUUAAUUUUAUUUAGAGAUACAGCACGGUGACAAACCCUUCUGGACCAACCAGCUCACACUGCCCAAUUACACCCAUGUCACCAAUUAACCUGCUAACCCGUACGUCGCCGGGAGGAGGCCAGAGCACCCAGAGGAAACCCACGCAGUCGCAAAAACAUAAAAACUCCUCACAGGUUCUCCCCGCGACCGCGUGGGUUUCCUCUGGGGGCUCCAGUUUCCUCCUACAUCCCAAAGAUGUACGGGUUCGUAGGUCAAUUUGUCACAUGGGUGUAAUUGGGUGGCACGGGCUCAUUGGGCGGGAGGAGCCCAUUAUCCUGCUGAAUCGCUAAAUAAACAAAUCUUCCCGUUGUAAACCUUUGGAUACCCCCAUAUUUGGCCACUGGUACAAUCUUGCUUCUAUUUGCUCCACUGAAGUCCAUGACUCAGCCACCUGGGUUCUAGGCUGUGACAUUCCUGACUAAACCUGACCAUCUCUAUCUCUCUCUCUCUCUCUCUCCCCCACUCUCUCUCUCUGUCCCCCUUUCUAACACUUCCAGCCUUCUUGCUAGCUCCAUAUCGCACAUCGAUUCUGCUCCUGCAAAGCACCUAGGGAUGUUUUUGUUACAUUGCAGGUGCUAAGUAAAUGCAAGGGCCUACAACAGGCUUCUAGGACCAUCUUAUGCCAGCGGGCUAUUGUUAAUUUUAAUAAAUGAAUCUGCAAUUUUUGUUUUGAUUGCCUGUUAUCUGGUUUGGGGCAUCCUUGAGUAGAAGUGUGUCUGUAACCAGAGGCUUGUGCUUAAGUCAUACAGAAUUAGCAUUGAAAGGGUAAGUUCCAUCUUGGUGGUUUUACCUAUUUGUGUGUAUAAAAGGGACUGGCACUGGUUGGGAUGUAUUGACAACAACGGCAUCAGCAGUGCAGUGUUCUGGUCCCUUGUCUUUGAGAAUUAAACCUGAAACUUCAAGCACUGUUGGGUUCUCAGUGUGGAAGGACAUUGUUCCCAGGAAGGGGCCUUACUUUCCCAAAGGUAAACAUUUCCCUCACUACUUUGACCCAGACCGACCUCUCUAUAAAUAAAGGGACGAUGCUUUUUUUGUGUGUGUGAACAAUUUGUACCCGUGACGCGAGAGAUUCUGCAGAUGCUGGGAAUCUUGAGCGACUUGCACAGAAUGCUGGAGGGCAGAUGCUGCGUGACCUGCUGAGCUCCUCCGGCGUUCUGUGCUUGUGUCCGUGUUCUGAUCUGCAG